UCUUUAGUAGGUUAUUAAUUAAAAAUAAAUAAAUAAAUAUAUUUCUUGAUUUUUUUUUCUUAAUGGCAACUGUUGUUUUAAACAACCUCCCCUCUCCACCUACCCUUUCCCGGUCUCUUUCGCUUCCAGUUUCGCUGUUUGACGUUUAGCAAUGGCAUCUAUUCUGUAUACGUAUCCAAACAACUUCCGUGCACAGAAAAUUCUUAUCGCUGCACAAUACAGUGGCUGUGCUGUAAAUGUGUGUGAAGACUUUCUUUUCGGAGAAACUAACAAGUCCGCCGAAUUUUUAAAGAAAUUUCCCAAUGGAAAGGUUCCUGCCUUAGAGACUCCAAAUAAACAAUAUUUAUCAGAAAGUAAUGCCAUUGCACAUUAUGUGAGUAAUGAUCAACUCAAAGGAAAGAAUGUUCUUGAUCAAGCUCUUAUCAGAAUGUGGAUUGAUUUUGGGGACCAUGAAAUCUUGCCUUCUGCAUGUACCUGGGUUUUCCCAUGUUUAGGAAUAAUGCAGUUUAACAAACAGACAACAGAUAAAGCUAAGGAAGAUAUUAAAAGAGCUCUUAAAAUUCUAAAUGAUCAUCUAUUGCAUCAUACUUACUUGGUUGGGGAGUCAAUCACUCAAGCAGAUAUCAGUCUCACCUGUAAUUUGCUGUCCUUGUACCAGCUAGUCCUUGAACCUUCUUUCAGACAACCUUAUGGAAAUGUCACUAGGUGGUUUAGAACAUGCAUUAACCAGCCUGAAUUUAAGAAGAUAUUGGGAGAAGUAGUUCUAUGUGAAAAAAUGGCUCAGUUUGAUGCAAAGAAAUUUGCUGAAGUUCAAAAAGAAUUAGGUCAUGGUAAACAAGCUCCUAAGGAAGAAAAGCCUAAAGAAGAAAAAAAGAAAAAAGAACAGAAACCUAAGAAAGAAGAAACAGUUGCUGAAGAACCAGAUGAAACAGAAAUGGCUUUAGCUCUUGAGCCAAAAUCUAAAGAUCCCUUUGAACAGUUCCCUAAAGGAACUUUCAAUAUGGAUGAGUUCAAACGAGUGUACAGUAAUGAAGCUGAAAGUGUGUCUGUAAAAUAUUUCUGGGAUAAGUUUGAUGCUGAGAACUUUUCAAUUUGGUAUGCUGAAUAUUUGUAUCCUCAAGAACUGAGCUUGGUGUUCAUGAGCUGCAAUCUAAUUUCUGGUAUGUUCCAACGAUUAGAUAAAAUGAGGAAGAAUGCCUUUGGUAGUGUUAUUCUUUUUGGAGAAGACCACAAGAGCACUAUUUCUGGUAUCUGGGUUUGGCGAGGACAUGAACUUGCGUUCAAACUUUCUGAUGAUUGGCAAAUAGAUUAUGAAUCUUACAGCUGGAAGAAAUUGGAUCCAUCUCUUCCAGAAACUAAAAAAAUGGUUACUGAAUAUCUUCAAUGGUCUGGUGACUUUGGUGGAAAGAAAUUUAAUCAAGGAAAAAUAUUUAAAUAAAUAAAUGAUAAAAAUUUAGAAAAAAAUUACUAAAGCAUUCUAUGAAUGGAAAAAAAAUCUAAUAAAAUGGACUUGUACUUUCUUA